AUGGCAGCAGCUAGAGGGGGUGCAACUAGCAUGAGAGGUCCAAUGGAUUUGUUUGUUAGAAAACCUGAAACUGCCAUUGCAAGAAACAAAAGAGAGAAAUUGAGGCAGCAGAACAUCAAGGAAGCAUGUAAUAAAGAAGCAGUUCGUAGAGUUCAUCGUUACUUAGCACAGUGGUUCUACCAAGCUGGGAUUCCAUUGAACCCGGUAAAGUUGAAGAGUUUUCAAGAAAUAUUGUGGGCUGUUGGAAGCUUUGGUCCCAAUUUACCUACUCCCAGUUAUCAUGCUCUAAGGGUUCUACUGCUUAAUGAGGAGUUGGAUUACACCAAAGGAUUGUUGAAGGGUCAUAAAGAGCAAUGGGAAAAGUAUGGUUGCUCUAUUAUGUCAGAUGCUUGGACGGAUAAAAGGCAAAGGAGCAUUAUUAAUUUUCUUGUAAACUCUCCAGCAGGGACAAUGUUUUUGAAGUCUAUUGAUGCUUCUGAUUAUGUGAAGACUGGUGAGAAAUUAUUUGAGCUUCUAGAUGAUGUUGUCGAGGAAAUUGGUGAGCACAACGUUGUUCAAGUUGUAACUGAUAAUGGGAGUAAUUAUGUUCUUGCCGGUAAGUUGCUGACGGAGAAAAGGCCAAAUUUGUUUUGGACUCCUUGUGCUGCCUACUGUUUGGAUUUGAUGCUUGAGGAUAUUGGGAAGUUACCAUUAAUUCAAAAAACCAUAAAAAGGGCCAUUUCAUUGGUUAGCUUCACUUAUAGUCACUCUAGCACAUUAGCUAUGUUGAGACACUUCACAAAUGGCAAGGAGUUGGUAAGGCAUGCAGUCACCCGAUUUGCCACUUCAUUUCUCUCUUUGGAAAGGCUUUAUGAGGAGAAAGGAAAUUUGAGAAGAAUGUUCACCUCAGAUGAAUGGGCAAAGAAUAAGUUGUCAAAGGAGGCAAAGGGGAGGGAGGUAACAAAGAUUGUUAUCAUGCUAUCUUUUUGGAAUCAUGUCAAGUACACCCUUAAGAUCAUGGGCCCUCCUAUUCGGGUGUUUAGACUUGUUGAUGGGGAGAAGAAGCCACCAAUGGGAUAUAUUUAUGAAGCAAUGGAGAAGGCAAAGGAAUGCAUCAUGAAAGCAUUUCUUAAUGAUGAGAGCAAGUACAAUGAUGUUUUUAAAAUAAUUGACAACAGAUGGAAUUGCCGACUUCAUCGUCCGUUGCAUGCAGCCGGUCAUUUUCUAAAUCCCGAGUUGUUUUAUGACAACCCUCGGAUUGAGCUGGAUUUAGAAGUUACAAAGGGGUGGUUUGAGUGCAUCACUAGAUUGGUGCCAAGUCAAGCUGUGCAACAUAAGAUAUUGGAGGAGCAAGCACUAUACAAGGCCGGCUAUGGACUUUUUGGAUCAGAUUUUGCAAAAUCUCAAAGGAGAAAGAUUUCACCCGCAUUUUGGUGGCGGACAUAUGGGCAUGAAGCUCCAAACAUGCGGGACCUUGCUAUCAAGAUCUUGAGCUUGACUUGUAGUGCAUCUGGAUAUGAGCGCAAUUGGAGUAUAUUUGAGCACAUUCAUACUAAGAAGAGAAAUAGGCUUGAUCAUGAAAGGAUGGAGAGUUUGGUCUUCAUAAAGUAUAGCCAACAACUCAUCGAGAGGUACAACCUUAAAGAUGAAGUUGACCCUAUUGCACUCAAUGAUAUUGAUGAGUGUAAUGAGUGGUUAGUGGGAGAAAUUGGGACAACCACCUUUCGAGAUGAUAGUGUGGAUGAUGAUGCUGAUUUGGUUCAUCAAGAUGACAACACUUUGAGUUGGAACAUUACUUUUGAAGCAACGGGAGGACAUGAGCCUACAACAAAUACUAGAAGACAACAAAAUAGGAAAAGAAAAGAACCUGAAAUUGCAAGAGGUGGUGCAAAGGGUGGACCAAGUGGGUCUAAGGCUUCAAAAAAAGGAAAAGAAAAGGCAGUAAUUGUGGAAGAGGAAGAACCAGAAUUUGAAGAUGAAGAGGAUUUCGAAAAUGAAGAAGAACAAGAAGAGGAGAUUCAAUUCAAUGAUACCGAAUCAGAGGAUGAUGAGGGGGCAAAGAGACAUGAUAAUAAUCGUGUUAAUUUGGAUGAAUUUGAUGAGAGGUAG